CUUGCUGCCCCCCUGGGGAGGCAGAAGGCUCCCCACCUGCUCCCAGGCCCAGGAGGAGCUGGGCCAGUAAUAGUAUAGGGUCCUGGCCCCUGAGGCAGCAGCGGCCAUGUCACGGCCAGGCCAGGCUGUGAUGAUGCCGGUGACCGGGCUGGGCUUCCCACCGCAGAACGUGGCCCGGGUGGUGGUGUGGGAGUGGUUGAAUGAGCACAGCCGCUGGCGGCCCUACACAGCCACCGUGUGCCAUCACAUCGAGAACGUGCUCAAGGAGGAUGCCCGUGGUUCUGUGGUCCUGGGGCAAGUGGACGCCCAGCUGGUGCCCUACAUCAUCGACCUGCAGUCCAUGCACCAGUUUCGCCAGGACACAGGCACCAUGCGGCCGGUGCGGCGCAACUUCUACGACCCGUCGUCGGCGCCGGGCAAGGGCAUCGUGUGGGAGUGGGAGAACGACGGCGGCGCGUGGACGGCCUACGACAUGGACAUCUGCAUCACCAUCCAGAAUGCCUACGAGAAGCAGCACCCGUGGCUCGACCUCUCGUCGCUCGGCUUCUGCUACCUCAUCUACUUCAACAGCAUGUCGCAGAUGAACCGCCAGACGCGCCGGCGCCGCCGCCUGCGCCGCCGCCUGGACCUCGCCUACCCGCUCACCGUCGGCUCCAUCCCCAAGUCGCAGUCGUGGCCCGUGGGCGCCAGCUCGGGCCAGCCCUGCUCGUGCCAGCAGUGCCUGCUGGUCAACAGCACGCGCGCCGCUUCCAACGCCAUCUUGGCUUCGCAGCGCCGCAAGGCGCCCCCGCCGCCCCAGGCGCCGCCCGGAGGACCAGCCGGCACGCUCGCUGUGCGCCCCAGCGCCACCUUCGCAGGCGCCGCGCUCUGGGCCGCGCCCGCCGCCGGCCCCGCCGAGCCCGCGCAGCCCCCCGGCGCGUCCCCGCGGAGCCCGAGCGCCCCCAGCGGCGCGCCCACCCCGGGGCAGAACAACCUCAACCGGCCCGGGCCCCAGCGCGCCACCAGCGUGAGCGCACGCGCCUCCAUUCCGCCGGGGGUCCCUGCGCUCCCGGUGAAGAACUUGAACGGUACGGGGCCAGUCCACCCGGCCCUGGCAGGAAUGACCGGGAUCCUGCUCUGCGCUGCGGGGCUGCCCGUGUGCCUGACGCGGGCCCCCAAGCCCAUCCUGCACCCACCGCCCGUGAGCAAGAGUGACGUCAAGCCCGUGCCAGGCGUGCCCGGGGUGUGCCGCAAGACCAAGAAGAAGCACCUCAAGAAGAGUAAGAACCCUGAGGAUGUGGUUCGAAGGUACAUGCAGAAGGUGAAGAACCCACCUGAUGAGGACUGCACCAUCUGCAUGGAGCGGCUGGUCACGGCCUCCGGCUACGAGGGCGUGCUUCGGCACAAGGGCGUGAGACCUGAGCUCGUGGGCCGCCUGGGCCGCUGUGGCCACAUGUACCACCUGCUGUGCCUCGUGGCCAUGUACUCCAAUGGCAACAAGGAUGGCAGCCUGCAGUGCCCCACCUGCAAGGCCAUCUACGGGGAGAAGACGGGCACUCAGCCACCCGGGAAGAUGGAGUUUCACCUCAUCCCCCACUCGCUGCCCGGCUUCGCUGACACCCAGACCAUCCGCAUCGUCUACGACAUCCCCACAGGCAUCCAGGGCCCCGAGCACCCCAAUCCGGGCAAGAAGUUCACUGCAAGAGGCUUCCCGCGCCACUGCUAUCUGCCCAACAACGAGAAGGGCCGGAAGGUGCUGAGGCUGCUUAUCACCGCCUGGGAGCGGAGACUUAUCUUCACCAUCGGCACAUCCAACACCACGGGCGAGUCGGACACCGUGGUGUGGAACGAGAUCCACCACAAGACCGAGUUUGGAUCCAACCUCACGGGCCACGGCUACCCGGACGCUAGCUACCUAGACAACGUGCUGGCAGAGCUCACAGCCCAGGGUGUGUCCGAGGCUGUGGCCAAGGCCUGAGGCCCGAGGCUGCCCACCUUCCCUCCUGCUUUGCCCCUGGUCCAGCACAUGCAGCACAUGCCUCCCUCCGCCAGGUGUGUCCUGGCAGCCCAGGUUCAGGGCUGGGGAGGAGCCUGCUGGAGGAGCCAGAAGCGUUCCCGGGAUUUGGCAGGUAGCAGUUAGGAUGACGGGAGGAUGGCAGGCCAGCCGGCUUCGACCCUAGCUACCUGAGAGGGUCGCAAGGGUGUACCGGAAACCACAGCAACCUCCCUACCGAAAAGACAGAGCCCCACCCCCUCACACAAACACACGUGUCCUGUUGAACACAUGCACGCACACCCACGUGCCUCUACUUACCCCCAGACUGGGGGGGAAGAGACAGAAAGACCCCUGUGAUACUCCAUGUGGAUUCCCAUCUGUGUCUCUAUCGCAUCUCUACAGGCUUGUCUGCAAACAGAAGGACUCGGGUCAAGCGCUUGGGGGCCUGGUGAGGGUCCGGGAGAAAGGGGGGCACUUGGGAGCCUCAACCUCCUCCCCAUCUCUGCCACCCACUGAUGGGCAAUUGUGGGCCCACAGGGUGGAAGCUCCCAGAAUAUUCAGCAGUUUUGCAAAGGGGCGGGCCAGGGAGACAGACGAGGAGAAUCUUAUUUUGUGCUUAUGUCUCUUCAUCCUUCUGGGACCCUGACCUCCUUCUUCUCCCCUGCCACCCCCAGGCCUUAUGUCUGUUCCUGAUAAAGGCACUGUUUUCCUUUCCUCCCCACCCCAUCCUCUCCACCAAAUCGCUCCCGAUGUCAAGAUCCAAAGGCUGGAGCUUCUGGCUUCAGGAGUGAGACAAGGAGGCCUGGCUUAGGCCAGGUUUAAAAAGCAGACCGGACAGCAAAGAGUCCAUUUCCCUUUCCUUGGGAGUGGGCAGUGGGGUGGCUGAAGGUCUUGGCCAACCAGGGGCCUGUUGCCCAGGCAACUCACCAGCUCUGCCUCUGUUGAUUGGCUGCCACGGCGGAAGUCAGCCAAGAUUUAAAGGGACGCCAGUGAUUGCUCUUUUGAAAAUCUACCAGUCCCACUGUGGGUGGAGAAAUAAAUGGUCUUUCUCCUCCUCCGCUGGGUCUUUUCCUGUGAAGAAGGGGUGUGCGUAGCUCUGUUUCUGGAGGCUUUCGGUCCAUCCCGUG